UGUAUUGGAUUAUGGACACAGGGAGCGGUCAGGAACGUAGUCGGGGAGGAGAGCAACUGUGGGUGCGGAUUUGUGCUGCUGUGCGGUUUUUGACUUCAAACACCGAGCCGACCGAGGAGGAACUACAGACAGGAAUAAAGAGGCAGAGAGCGGCGAUCUGCUGUUGAGGUUUCUCAGUUUCCUCUUGGUGUGGAACGAUCGACUGACGAGCCCAGGGUUUACUUUGUGCAAGCAGACAUUCUUGUAACCUUGAACAAUGGGAGAAUAUGAUGACAAGAAAGAGACUUGUGGCACCAUCUGCCUCAAAUAUCUGCUGUUCACCUUCAACUUCUUUUUUUGGCUGGCAGGAGGUGCUGUGAUGGCUGUUGGAAUCUGGACUCUGGUGGAGAAGAGUGACUACAUAAGUUUGUUGUCUUCCAGCACAUAUGCAGCAACUGCUUACAUCCUUGUCAUAGCUGGAGUCAUUGUUAUGGUGACAGGAAUUCUGGGCUGCUGUGCUACAUUUAAGGAGCGCCGGCAGCUCCUACGAGUGUAUUUUGUACUACUACUGUGCAUCUUUCUGUUGGAAAUCUUAGCUGGGAUCCUGGCCUACAUCUAUUAUCAGCAGCUGAAUGAUGAGCUGAAGGAGAACCUAAGGGACACCAUGACACAGAAGUACAAGCAACCUGGUGAAGAGCAGGUCACCAAGGCAGUGGACAAGCUGCAGCAGGAAUUUAAGUGCUGUGGCAGCAACAACUCUGCAGACUGGAAGGACAGCCGGUGGCUUGAGCAGCCAGGUUUUGAAGGACACAAGGUGCCAGACAGCUGCUGUAAGACUGUCACAGAGGCCUGUGGAAAACGUGAUCAUCCAUCCAACAUUUACAAAGUUGAGGGAGGAUGCAUAACCAAGCUGGAGACCUUUAUCCUAGAUCAUUUGCGCUUAAUUGGUGCUGUGGGUGUUGGCGUUGCCUGUGUGCAGGUUAUUGGGAUGAUCUUCACAUGCUGCCUCUACAAGAGUCUCAAACAAGAGCCUUAUUAAUAGAAACUGGGUCUCGCCACUGCUGAACUCUUUCUCUGCACCUUUAUUUCAUGCCACUACCAAACUUCAGAAUCGGCCUACAGACACAGAAGAAUAGCCUUUGUAGGUUAUGCUACUCCCUUAGCCUGCUUGGCAGAAAGAGGGAUUCGGACCUUAUUAGCCAUUGACCCGAGGCUGCUUUGUGGAGGGGAUACUGUCCUAAUGAUCACAUUGCAGGCUGUUUCAAGGCUCCAUGAAAGGUUUGGACCCAAAUGUUUAGAUUAAAAUUUCUCAGGUUUAAAAGGGGGUGUGGGGGAUGGAUGGGUAUGAGAUUGAAAUAGUAAGAAUGGACCUGCAUAGUGACCUGUUUUUAACUGAAUAAUUUAAUUGAGCUACAGCCUCCUAAAAAAAUAGUGAAAAUAAAGGACUUUGGGUUACAUUGGACCCUUUUAAAUAGAGCAUCUGAAACCAAUGCAUGAUGUCCUGUUCUACCAUGCCAGUUAACCUUACUUUCACCUUAGUAUAGUUUUGGAUUGGUACUAAACCUUUAAAUUUGGUAUCGAUACCAGCUUUCAGAACUCAGUAAAAGUACCAAAAUAGUUCCAAAGUUAACAGAUAUCUCCAGCCUCCCUUGUGUGCUGCCCUAUACACCACUUCCCUCUAGAUAGCUGUGAUAUUGUGAAGUCCCAUGCUCGUGCCAUUAUGUAGUGAUGUAUCCUCCAUUAAGUCUUUAUCAUGUUGAAGCAUGUAGUUUUGUUUCAUUCAUACUCAUUCAUACUUUUCCUCAAUUUCAAUAGCAAGUGUUGAGUGUCAGGGUCCAGGGAUGUUUUUCGAGAGCAAAGCUGGCAUUAACUUCUAGCAAUGAAAAUCCUAAAAUGUUGGUACUGUACCAUUUUAAAACUUGGAUUUUCUGGUACUUUCCCUGUAUCAGUAUAAUGCGCAACCAUACCCCAGUACAGCAAUACAGUAAUAUUAUAGAUAAAGACCUAACAAUUGUAAAGAAAUUUCCCCUUUGUCAAAAAAAUAAGUUAUUUUAUACACAAGAUGAUUUAAAUUUAUAAAAGUACCUGAAUGUUUAAAAACGUACACAAUCCCCCAAUAAUUACAAUGAUCUGUGAAGGAAACAUUCACAUGAUCAAGUUCUCCUGUAACUGCACCAAGUAAAGACAUUUUUGAUGCUAUCCACAUCAACUGGAUAUUUAUGGGGGUUGGAAUGUGGCACUAUUUGAUUUUAGGUCUUUUACCUUUCAUUGGAGCUUAACCUCUGAUCUUUGACCAAUACCAUUCAAUAGGUAAGAAAAAAAUGAAUGGGCACAGCAGGUUCACUCAUAUUAGGAUCUUGAAUAAUUCCAAAUAGCUCAAGGUGGAGAUGAUCUUAGUAGUUCAGCGCAGUUGGCAGGAAUUAGGAGGGAGAAUAUUUUGUUAAAGACACCAUGGCCAUCAUGUGCAUAUAAAGUUGAAGUUGUGUUAGGCAGGUAAAAGAAACACGAGUGAAAAGUGUAUCUCCCCAGGUGUGUUCCAUUUCUCAAAAAAGGCGCUUUACUCAAAAGACUUUGGUUUUGUCUCUAUAUGGUAAUUAGGUAUUGCAUUUGUAAAUCAAAAUAUUUAGAACUCUAUGUAUUUUUUUUAGAGCCAGGGGGUUUAAUCCUUGUUCAUUUAAUAUUAGGAUAGAAGGGCAUCUUAUGCACGUUUUGUAUGAUUUCUAUAGCCAGUUCACUUGUAUUUUGUAAUUAUUACUAAAUGUCAAAUGGCUUUGAAGGAUGUGUUAUCCUAGCAAUUGCCCCUCUUCAUAUUUACACUGAAUUCUGCAAUAAGGCUUGCUUAUAUCAACUGAUCAAUUACAAAUUGUGUACAAAUCCAGAAGUGAAUAGAGAAGGUGCAAUUCUUGAUUGAUACCUGCCCUUAGCAUGUGACACCAUUGCCUAACCACCUGCAUUUCUGUAGAUGAACAUCUACUGUUAAGACGCCUGAAUGACCUUGGGGAUUUUUUCCUCCUGUAUUAUCUUGCAUAAAAUAUGGAGGGCACCAGCAGACCACAAAGCCCCCUGCAGGCUCGCCCAGUAUGUGCCAAUCUAGUCCCAGAGAGCUGUUUGCUUAUGUUUGUGUGUAAAGAUGCUGAAGUCUCCCAAUGCCAAUUGAAAAACUUUGUUUUUAAUGCCAAAGCAAAGUGUGAUAUUUGUAAAAUGAUAAAGCUGGAAGAUAAAUGUUGUAUCAUGAUUGCAUUAAAGUCUGGGAGAGUUCAUUGGACUAAAAAAAAAAAAAAAAAAAAAAGUGUCCCUUACAUUUCACAUAAUUGCAUUUCUUAAUUAUGCUGUUAUAGGGAUUGUUAAUAAGUUCACCGAGACUCUGUAAACAAAAGUGCAGCCAGGCUUGUCACACUUGGCCAGCAACUCCACAGCCUACAUUGGGGUUCUCGGAGUCUGUUCCCAGAGGACUGUAGGUUUUCAUUCCAGCCAAUUUCUUAAUCAAGAGUUGGGUAUUACUGCUAGAAGACAAAACAUUUGAUUGGCUAAAUUUUAGUUACUUUUGAACCCUUAAUUGGUGUUUCUUCUUGGCCAGCAACCUAUAUUACUCUUAAGCUGUAGUUAGCAUGGGAGUCGGCUAACUUAGACCCACUUACACAGGCGCAUUUUAAUAAAAUAUUUGGGGGAAAAAAGUGGAAUACUGAGUAUUCAUCUGCCUCAAACUGUGCAUUCUGAGGAAAAAUCUUACAUGACGGGAUGAGCACUCCAAUAAUUUGUUCAAUUAAAUGGCACGUUUCAUUAACAAGAAUGAGAUUCUAAUUAAUGUGGUUGGAGCGAAAAUCUGCAGCCCACAAAGGCUGAACGUGACACCCAGUUCCUAUAUGAAUGGAAGCCAUAAAUGCCUUUUUUUCUUAUGCAAACUUAUUUACUCCAAAAGUGUUGGAAUAAAUUAAUAAAGAAUAGUUCAAAUAAAUAUAGGUAGUUUAUA